GAAUACUUUCCUACUUUAGGUCUUUACUCUUGAGAAUCAGUUGAAGAUGCGAUAUGGGGAACUCUAAUGGUAAGCAGCCAGACGACGUCGUUCACUUCACCAGCAGAAACUCCGACGAGAGAAUCUCCUCCACCGCAGCAAGGUCGCCGCCGCCGGAACCACCGAAGAUGAGUGGUGAAGGAGCUUCAAGGAAACUAUCUACGAAGAAGAAGUAUGCUCUGAUUCCUGAUAACUUCACUUCCCUUCCACAGGUUACAACUGCCCUGAGGAACGAAGGUUUAGAAUCCUCAAAUCUUGUCUUGGGAAUUGAUUUCACAAAAAGCAAUGAAUGGACUGGCAAGAUCUCAUUCAAAAAUAGAAGCCUGCAUGCAAUCGGAGAUUCCCCUAAUCCCUAUGAGAAAGCCAUUUCUAUUAUUGGCAAAACUUUGGCUCCCUUUGAUGAUGACAACUUGAUUCCUUGCUUUGGCUUUGGUGAUGCUACUACUCAUGAUCGCGAAGUUUUUAGCUUUCACACUGAUGAUUCAUCUUGCCUUGGAUUUGAGGAAGUUUUGGCUUGCUAUAAGAAAAUUGUUCCAAACUUGAGACUUUCAGGACCAACUUCUUACGCUCCGGUUAUUGAAGCUGCAAUAGACAUAGUGGAGAAAACUCAUGGCCAGUUCCAUGUGUUAGUUAUUGUUGCAGAUGGCCAGGUUACAACAAAUGCCUACUCUGGAGAUGGUGAGCUCAGUUCUCAAGAGGAGAGGACAAUCAAAGCAAUAGUUGAUGCAAGUUCAUAUCCGCUUUCUAUUAUUUUGGUUGGAGUUGGUGAUGGACCUUGGGAAGACAUGAAAAAGUUUGAUGACAAGAUACCAUCACGCGAUUUUGACAAUUUUCAGUUUGUUAACUUCACUGAAAUCAUGUCUAAGAAAGCAAGUUCCUCUGAGAAAGAAGCUGCUUUUGCUCUGGCUGCUCUAAUGGAGAUACCUCUCCAAUAUAAAGCGGCCAUUGAACUUGGAUUGCUUGGUCGUAAAACAGGAAGGGCUAAGAAAAUGGUUCCAAGACCUCCUCCAGUUCCUUAUUCUCCGCCUGUGCCACGGGCUCAUUUCCGGAGUAACAUGGCAGCAUCUAUGGAAGAUGAGCGGAACCAAAUGGAGUGUGCAAUUUGUCUAACAAAUGGAAAGGAUUUGGCCUUUGGAUGUGGUCACAUGAGUUGCAGAGAUUGUGGAUCCAGGUUAAGCAAUUGUCACAUAUGCCGUGAGAGGAUCACAAGUCGUCUUAGGGUGUUUACUGGCUGAUUGCAGACUGUAAAAUCAUUACAGCUGCAUAAUUUGGCUAAAAAGAUAACUGUCUUUUGUGUGUUUGAUGGUGUGGCUUUUAAGAGUGGCGAUGGUCUUGCAUAAAAAGAUAAUUUGGCUUUAUAAGGAAUGGAUGGCCUAGGAGUGGAGACAAUUGUACAUAAACUGGACUCAAACCCACGCAUUGUGCAGUGCAGAAAAGGAUUUUGUAAUUUUGUUAGACUAUAAACGAAAAUUGUAUGCCCUGUAUGUGUCAUAACUCUCACUUUGUUAUAUGUCCCUUUCAUAGAAUAUUUGGAAAUAUCCAAACAUCAACAUGAAUGAAGGUUAUUAUUUUAACAGAA